AUGAGGACCCUUGUGCCCCUCUAUCUCAUCCACUCGAUCCUCGCCUUUGCAGCCGCGCAUUCCCAAGAGCUCGAAGCCCACGAGGUAUACGCAGAGGCGCUCUCCCGCGUCGCAGCGGUGACAGCGGCGGCGUCGUCAUUUGGCCCCACCUCGUAUUUCCCGGAACUCGAGCUCCGAGAUGACGUCUGCUACGACGACCCGUGGCGGCGCCUGAGCGCGUCGUGGGUCUGCGCGCUGGACGAGGUGCCGAUGGAGCCAGAGCCAGUUGCGGAGCCAACAGAACAUACCACAGGGCAAGUUGGGCCGAGCAACAUCACAGACGCCCUACUGGAAGGUGUUAACGCAUCGGACGCUUUCAACACCGCAUCCGCCAAUGCAUCGGACGCUGUCAACGGCUCAGACGUCCCGUUUGAGUCCUUCGAGGACUGGAAGCGGCGCGAGGCAACUCCACCAUUGCCGUUAGAUAACGCGUCCGACUCCGCUACACUUCCUUCGAACCAAAACAUCAGCGAGAACACCACUUCCCUAGCUCCUCCUCCGCCGAGCUCUGCUCCUCGCCCGAAGGGACAUCGGUACAACUACGCGUCCCCGGACUGUUCGGCGCGAGUCAUCGCCUCAUCCCCAUUGACCCAACACGCCAGCAGUUUGUUGCACAAGAGUCGGGACCGGUACAUGCUCACACCGUGCCGGGCGGACGAGCACUGGGCCGUCGUGGAGCUGUGCGACGAGAUCCGUGUCGAGGCGGUCGAGUUGGCCGUGUGGGAGUUCUUCUCUGGCAUUGUGCGCAGCGUUCGCGUAAGCGUGGCGGACGACGCAGAGGGGGAAUGGGAGAGAGUAGCCGAGUUUGUGGGCAAGAACGUGCGGGGCGCCCAGACAUUUACGCUACCCGAGCCGACGUCGUUCCACCGCUUCCUCCGCCUCGACUUCCCCUCCUUCUACGGGAGCGAGUACUACUGUCCCGUCAGCCAGCUCAAGGUGUACGGCAUGAACCAGAUGGAGGCGUUCAAGAUGGAGCAACGACGGGCGGCCGAGGCAAGCGGUGCUGCGGAGAUGAAGGCGCGAGAGAGCGAGCGCGAGGCGGAACGCGCCGCCGAGGCGGCGCGGACGUCUGAGCGCGAGGCCAAGGAGCGGGAGGACGACGAGCGGCGGCGGCGCGAGCUGUGCGAGCUCGAGCGCCUGGUGCAAGAGCAGGCGCGAAGAGUGAGCGGAAUUGAGAACGUGUUUGAGCCGCUCAUCGAGUGUGCGCCGAGCCCGAGCUCGAGUGCAAGCUCGACCUCUACAUCCCCGCCCGCCUCCUCUGGAGGAGGGGUAGAACCUGCCAACUCGUCGGACACAACCAGUUCGGCGCAGGAUCCAACUCCGCUCGUCGCUACCACGCCGCCCAGCACGCAGGAGCCCGGCACGACGGCGUAUAGAGGGCGCACUGACACGUCAGAAUCGAUCUAUGCGUUCAUCACUCGUCGCCUUAACGCCCUGGAGGGUAACACGACGUUGGUAGCCCGAUACAUCGACGAGCAGGCCAAGGCGCUGCGCGCUGCGCUGGAACGAGCCGAGCAACGCUGGGCGGACGAGCGUGGGCGCGAUGCGGCCAGGUACGAUGUCGAUCGCAUGCGCCAGGAGGACCGUCUUGGCCGGCUCCUCGGCCAGCUCGAGAAUAUGCGCGCGGCUUUCGACGCAGAGCGGCGCACCACCGAGACGCAGUUGCAGCUCCUCGCUGACGAACUUGGGUUCGAGCGGAGGCGCUCGCUCGCGCAGCUCGUUGUGCUCGUGUCGAUUAUCGUCCUCGGCGCUCUGAGCCGCGGGGAAGCGAUCGACGCCCUCCUCCGCCCACUGAGCAGCGAGGCGGUUCGCCGCAAACGGGCCGAGGUGAAAGACGAGCAGGACGGAAGAGGAAAGCGGCUUUCUACGGGUCCACUGGCCGGUUUACUCAUCGAUGUAGUCCCCGCACCGCCAUCGGACGGGCUGGCGAGUCCGUCAACGCCACGCAGCAAGCGCAGAUCUGUGGGCCCGGUUGGCAGCGCACGUCGCCGCACGCCAGGGACUCGCUCCAUCUCGGCGGCCGAACCGAGUGCACUCUUCGACGGCAACGGAGAUUCCCCACGGCCACUACAUCACUCGCACCGCGGGCGCAUAUCUGCGCUCACGCCCCGACCCAGGCGGCUGGCCAGAAGUUCCCACCUCCACGCAAUGCGGCGGCGUGACGGGAGUGCGAGUGAGGCCGAUCCGGGCCCUGAGGAGCGGGGCACACCGACACCGCGCUCCCGUGUCGUUGGACGCCAGAGACAUGGCGAGACGGAAGAGGACGAUGGGAGUACGAGCGAGGUAGCGGAGGUGCUGAGCGGCGAGGAUGGCGACGAGGAGGGACUUGAGCCACCGAGGAGCAUGCGUGUUCGCAUUGGAGGCAACGGUGAACCAGGGGGGCGUAAUCUGAGCCAGUAUCGCGAGGUAGAAGGGGAGAUGCUCGCGCGGAGUCUCUAA